AUGUCGGCAGAACUUGCGCUCCAGUCCACCGACCUCGCCCUGGGCCAGAACCUCGCCCACCUCCUUCCUCCCAGCUGGAAGGAGGUGAUUCCCUCUUGGUUCGCCGAGGACACGCCUAGCUUUGACUGGGCUGGCUUCGUCGUCGGCGAGGACGAGCAGGAGGCCAUCCUGUGGGGAAAGAGCGGCGGUAUUGUGGCCGGCGUGCCCUUCUUCACGGCGAUCUUCGCGUACGUCAACUGCACUGUCGAGUGGCUCGUGCCCGAAGGCACCGCAAUCCCAGAAGGCUCCAAGACCAAGGUGGCCAUUGUGCGUGGACGCGCGCGUGAGCUCCUCCUCGGCGAGCGCGUCGGUCUUAACAUGCUCGCCCGGUGCUCGGGUAUCGCGACGGCAUCCCGCAAGUUCCGCGACAUUGCGCGCAAGGAGGGCUGGCACGGUGUUGUUGCCGGCACGCGCAAGACCACUCCAGGCUUCCGCCUGGUUGAGAAGUACGGCAUGCUUGUCGGCGGCGUUGACCCCCACCGCCACGACCUGAGCUCGAUGGUCAUGCUCAAGGACAAUCACAUCUGGGCCCAUGGCUCGAUCACCGAGGCGGUCAAGGCUGUCCGUCGCGUCGCUGGGUUUAGCCUGCUCGUCAACGUCGAGUGCCAGAGCUAUGACGAGGCGGACGAGGCAAUCGCCGCUGGCGCCAACAUUGUCAUGCUGGACAAUAUCGAGGGCGAGAGCCUGCACUCGGCAGCUAAGCGGCUCAAGGACAAGUGGCGCGGGAAGCGCGAGUUCCUCAUCGAGACAUCGGGCGGAAUCGUCGAGGGGUCGUUGGCCGGUCACCUCGGCCCGGACAUUGACAUCCUUAGCACGUCGGCUGUGCACCAGGGCCUUGGGCAUGUCGACUUUAGCCUCAAGAUCCAGCCGAAGAAGUAG